CAACUUGGCUGUGACGUCAUCUAUCCGCGACUGCUCUUGCUACCCUCCAGGAAACCAAGUUGACAGACAAAGAGGAAACGAUGUCUGGAAGUUUUUAUUUUGUCAUGGUUGGUCAUCAUGACAACCCCGUGUUUGAGAUGGAGUUCCUGCCAGCUGGGAAACCAGAGUCCAAGGAUGAUCAUCGUCACCUGAACCAGUUCAUUGCACAUGCAGCCCUCGAUCUGGUGGAUGAGAACAUGUGGCUGUCCAACAAUAUGUACUUGAAAACUGUGGACAAGUUCAACGAGUGGUUUGUUUCUGCCUUCGUCACUGCAGGACAUAUAAGAUUCAUCAUGCUGCAUGAUGCACGUCAAGAAGAUGGAAUUAAAAACUUUUUUAAUGAUGUGUAUGACAUGUACAUCAAGUUUGCAAUGAAUCCAUUCUAUGAAAUCAAUGCACCAAUCCGCUCAACAGCCUUUGAGAGGAAAGUCCAGUUUCUUGGAAAGAAACAUCUGCUGAGUUAAUCACGUCUCAUGCACAAGGGCAUGGAUAGAUAUUGUCUCUCCGCUGUACAUAUACCUAACAUACUUGUUUGAUGUCUGAGUCUUCUUUCAUGUUUGUCUAAUGUAACACAAAUUUAGAUUUUUUAUAAAGAUUUUUUUUGUCCGAAA